CUCUCUUUUAUUUCAUUGUCCCACUAUAUUCAAAUCUCCUCUAUCUGAUAGACACACACACAUAUUCUGUUGUUAUGCAAUAAUAGAAAUUGAUUGCAAUGGCCGAACAUUCGGUCUCCGACGAUGAUCUCUUCGAACUCCCUCUUUAUAGUCCCUUCGGAAGCGUCGAACGCGGUGGUCACAGUGAUUUGGGUGCCCCCAACUUCCUCAAAAUUGAUAGCAAAUGGCUGAUCGAUCCUCGCCACCUCUCAAUCGGCUCUAUGAUCAGCGAAGGCCCCUACUCUGUCGUCUAUGAAGGAUCGUAUAAAUCCAAACCUGUUGCUGUAAAAGUGAUACAGCCAGACAAAACAUCAGCAGUGAGUCCUGAACGCAAAGAGAAAUUUGUGAGGGAGGUUGCAAUGUUAUCUAGAGUAAAACAUGAUAAUAUUGUGAAGUUCAUUGGAGCCUAUGUGGAACCGACCAUGAUGAUAAUCACAGAACUUAUGAGAGGUGGUACACUUCAGAAGUACUUGUGGAGCAUCCGGCCAAACUCUCCAGAUCUGAAACUGUCUAUAAGUUUUGCAUUGGGAAUCUCUCGAGCAAUGGAAUAUUUGCAUGCAAAUAGUAUCAUUCAUCGUGACUUGAAGCCUAGCAACCUACUUCUCAUGGAAGACAAGAAGAAAAUCAAGGUAGCUGACUUUGGCCUGGCUAGGGAGGAGACGAUGGGUGAAAUGACUGCCGAGGUCGGUACUUACCGGUGGAUGGCUCCUGAGUUGUUCAGCGUAGAACCAAUUAAACUGGGAGUGAAGAAGCACUAUAAUCAUAAGGUGGACAUCUACAGUUUCUCAAUGGUUCUGUGGGAGCUGUUGACAAAUAGCACUCCAUUCAAGGGGAGGAACAAUGUAAUGGUGGCUUACGCAUCAUCGAUGAAUCUAAGACCUAGCAUGGAUAACAUUCCAAAGGAUAUUGCUCCCCUCCUGGAGUCCUGUUGGGCAGAAGACCCCGAAGAACGGCCAGAAUUUGUGCAAAUCACAGACUUUCUGUUGAACUUUCUCCGCAGCAUGCCCUCAAUACAGUUAAAAUCACCAAAGCAGUUUGAGAUUGGACAGGCUAAAGGCAAAAUUAUUGCGGAUUCUCGGAACACUGAUCAUAUGAUGAACAAGUCUCGAGAGGAAGAUAAGAAGAGCCGGAGUCAAUCCCGCUGCUUCUUGAGUUGCUUUGAUUACUGUUUCUCUGAUGGGCUGAGGAACACUUCUGAGGUUUGAAACUAGUGUAGAUCAAUCUUUCUCUUACUUUUUCACACAUAUAGAACAUGGGUCAAGCAUGUGGAUGUUCAGUUAGAUUGCAAUGCCAUUAUUGUACAUAAGUUUCAAAAAGCGUAUAUAGGAAAUACAAUAAAAUGAAAAUGUGAAGAAGAAUAAAGAAAGUUUCAAGUUGAUGCCA